AUGCGUCGCGCCACCGGCUGCCCGCUGAGCCAGAUCUGCAUCCCCCCUCCGGCCGUGCUGGUGCGGAGCUUCCCGGUGAGCUCCAGCCUGGAUCCCUUCCCAGGCCUCCCUCGCCGCCGCAGCCCCGGCUGCUACCCCGGCACCACCACCUACGUCAGCCUGGGCAGCCUGGGCAGCCUGGCCCAGGCCACCAAGCCCUGCGGCCUCGUGGCCACCUUGAGCGGCGCCCCGUGCGACCAGGACGUGGUCGGGUGCUCCACGAGGUUCUGCAGGAACCCCUGCUGCUGCUGCCGGGUGACCGAGAGCUGCAGCAGGAGCCGGGACCUCUGCCAGGAGGUGGCCAAGGGCUCCACGGGCACGUGCCAGGAUCUGUGCUGCCAGGAGGUCACCAAGUGUGUCACAACGUGCCAGGAUCCGUGCUGCCAGGAGGUCACCAAGUGCACAACCACGUGUCAGGAUCCGUGUUAUAAGGAGGUCACCACGUGUGCCACCACAUGCCAAGAUCCGUGUUGUCAAGAGGUCACCAAGUGGUCACAACAUGCAGAUCCGUGCUGCCAGGAGGUCAGCAAGUGUGUCACAACCACGUGUCAGGAUCCGUGUUAUAAGGAGGUCACCACGUGCGCCACCACAUGCCAAGAUCCGUGUUGUCAAGAGGUCACCACGUGCACAACGACGUGUCAGGAUCCGUGCUGCCAGGAGGUCACCAAGUGCACCACCACGUGUCAAGAUCCAUGUUAUAAGGAGGUCACCAAGUGUGUCACCACGUGUCAAGAUCCAUGUUGUCAAGAAGUGACCAAGUGUGUCACCACAUGCCAGGAUCCCUGCUGCCAGGAGGUCACCAAGUGUGUCACCACGUGUCAGGAUCCAUGUUAUAAGGAGGUCACCAAGUGUGUCACCACGUGUCAGGAUCCAUGUUAUAAGGAGGUCACCACGUGCACAACGACGUGUCAGGAUCCGUGCUGUCAGGAGGUCACCAAAUGUGUCACCACGUGUCAGGAUCCGUGCUGUCAGGAGGUCACCAAGUGCACCACAACAUGCCAGGAUCCGUGUUGUAGGGAGGUCACCACAUGCACCACCAUGUGCCAAGAUCCCUGUUGUAAGGAGGUCACCAACUGUGUCACCACGUGCCAAGAUCCGUGUUGCAAAGAAGUGACCAGCUGCACCACCACGUGUGUGGAUCCCUGCUGCCAGGAGGUCACCAAGUGUGUCACCACAUGUCAGGAUCCCUGUUGUAAGGAGGUCACCAAGUGUGUCACCACGUGCCAAGAUCCCUGCUCCAAGGAGGUGACCACGUGCACCACAACAUGUAAGGAGGUCACCAAGUACACAACCACGUGCCAGGAUCCGUGUGGUCGGGAGGUCACCAAAUGCGUCACCACGUGCCAAGAUCCAUGUUGUAAGGAGGUGACCACAUGCGCCACCACGUGUGUGGAUCCGUGUUGCAAGGAGGUCACCAAGUGUGUCACCACGUGCCAGGAUCCCUGCUGCAAGGAGGUCACCAAAUGCGUCACCACGUGCCAAGAUCCGUGUUGCAAGGAGGUCACCAAGUGUGUCACCACGUGCCAGGAUCCGUGUUGCAAGGAAGUGACCACAUGUACCACGUGUGUGGACCCGUGCUGCCAGGAGAUCUCCAAGUGUGUCACCAGGUGUGUGGAUCCCUGCUGCCAGGAGGUCACCAGGUGUGUCACCACGUGUGUGGACCCGUGUGUCACCACGUGUGUGGACCCGUGUGGCAAGAAGGCCCCCAGGGGCCUGACGCCGUGUUACGAGCCCUGCUGCAAGAAGGUGACCAAGUGGAGCAGCCCGUGGGUGAUCCCGUGGUGCAAGAAAGGCGCCAAGUCCAGCGCCAGAUGUGGAGACCCCUGCUCCAAGAAGGGGAGCAAGUCCAGCUCCAGAUGUGCGGAUCCGUGCUACAAGAAGGUGUCCAAGAGCUCCACCCCGUGCCAAGAUCCGUGCUGUGUGACCAGGUGUGACCCCAGGUGUGUGGACACGUGUUGUCAGGAGGUCGCCAAGUGCAGAACCAGGUGUGUGGAUCCCUGCUGCCAAGAGGUCACCAAAUGUGUCACCAGAUGUGUGGAUCCCUGUUGUAAGGAGGUCACCAAGUGCACCACCAGAUGUGUCGAUCCAUGCUGCCAGGAGGUCACCAAAUGUGUCACCAGAUGUGUGGAUCCCUGUUGCAAGGAGGUCACCAAGUGUGUCACCAGAUGUUUGAUCCCUGUUGCAAGGAGGCACCAAGUGGCCACCAGAUGUGUCGAUCCCUGCUGCCAGGAGGUCACCAAAUGUGUCACCAGAUGUGUGGAUCCCUGUUGCAAGGAGGUCACCAAGUGUGUCACCACGUGCCAAGAUCCCUGUUGUGUGACCAGAUGUGCCACCAGAUGUGUUGAUCCCUGCUGCCAGGGGGUGGCCACAUGUGCCACCAGGUGUGUGGAUCAGUGCUGCCAGGGGGUGGCCAGGUGCCAAGAUCCCUGCUGUGCCACCAGAUGUGCCACCAGUGCGUGA